AUUUAACGGUUCACUAUCCCAACUAAAUAUCUCUCCCGUUGCAAAAACGGCUUCUCGCGCGUUUUAGCCAAGAUGUCCGGUGUCGUCGAGCUCGAUCCCGACCCCGAAGUCCGACGUGAGCGACGCCGUAUUGCGAGAGAAAACCGUAAGAGAGAGCGAGAAGCACUAUCUAUAGAUAUGAACAGUUCUUCAGUUGAUAGAGAUGGGGUUCAGAAGCGACGCAGCGAUGAGAUCAGUGGACAGGAUGACAAGGUGGUGGCUACGCUGGUGUCACAACACUCUGAUGUGGUUGGAAUGCAUUUUGGUGACGAGUGUGAUAAGUCGGUUCAAGUCACAGAUACUGAUAUACUUGCGUUUAAAUACACAAAGGGUAAAGUGUGCGAUACGGUUACAGUGAGUACGACCAUGUCAGAUGCAGAGCAGAGUAUUGCUGACGAAGCCAACGACGGUCGAGUACAGGAAGCUACGGUCACUACCAACAGCUACGGAGGUAGCCACACGCACUCAGACACAUCAGAUGACUACGAGACGGCAAGUGAGAGUAUAUUUGAUGACGAGGUGAGUGCAGGUUCACUGGUACAUGGCACACGGGACUCGACUACUACAAGCCCAGGGGCGUCUACGACUGACACAGAUAAUGGGGAGGCAGCGGUACACGAAAGUGCAAACGAUAACAAUCCCAGUGAUAUGUUCGUCACUCCAUGUAGUGGUAUAUCUAUUGCAGCAGACAAGGAAGGGGGUGUGCCAGAGACGACCGAGAGCAUGGCUAUGGAGGUGGACUCAGAGUCUCUUCUUGUGCAAGGCACAGAUGCUAUCGUACAUACAGACCAUGGCAACGUCACUAAGCCUGGGAGUGAGCCGCUCGAGGAGCCUGUCAAUAGUAGUAGCCAAAGCCUGGAUACACAAUCGAGCUGCACUCCACAGGAGAGAAGCAUAGAAGAGUCUGAUAUGGACGUGCCUAAGGAAAUAGAAUCCAAUGGCACAGCGACUGCCGAACAGAGUGGCCUUGUAGUCCUGACGAGUGAAAGUUCGGUACAAACGAGUAAAAUGGUACUGGUGGAUUUAGCAGGCGUGCUGAAAGCUAGGCGAACAGCUCAAGGAGUGCCUGAGGAUAAAGAGGUUGUGGAUGAGGAGAGUAUGGAGGUUAGGUCUAUUCGUGACCAGUCUGUACUGGAACAGAUCCGUCGAGUCUGAAAGAGGCUCAGACAGAGGGAGUGCCGAUGGG